AUGCGCGGCGCUUCGCUGCGGCCGCCAAUGGGCGUCCUGCGGUCACGGGCAGCAGCGACGUCUCCUGCAUCACACUCCAUCUGCCGGCAAUGCAUCGUCGGCAUCGUCGGCACCGUCGCCCGCCGGCGGACCAUCCAGAUCAGCUCGACACCGGCGACCGAGUUCCCGCGGCCGACGAGCGGCGAUGCGUUUUCUGGUAGCGACAAUGACGGCCACGGCGGACCGGGCGGCCGGGACGCGGCGGACGCGCGCUUCGAGGUGCUGGGGUCGCCGUACUCGCUGCUGUCGGUGUCGCUGUCGGCGUCGCAGAACCUGUACACGCGGCGCGGCACGCUGGUGUCGGUCGCCGGCAAGCUGGACAAUGCGCAGUCGACGCUGUCGGUGCUGGCGCCCGUCCGGCGCGCGCUGCUCGGCAUCCCCUUCCUCUACCAGCGCGUCUCGUCGACGACGCCGCUGACGCUGCUGAUUGGCACCAAGGCGGCCACCACGACGCUCUUCACGCUGCACCUCGACGGCACGACCGACUGGGUCGUCGCGCAGCGCAAUGCGCUGCUGGCGUGGACGGGCCACACGCUGCAGGUGACGCCGCAGCGCGGCGCGGGCACGGCGCGCCUCGGCCUCGCGCACUGGGGCACGUCCUUUGUGACGGGCCGCGGCCUCGUGGCGCUGUCGGCGCCGGGCUACAUCUACCCGGUGACGCUGGGCGCGGGCGAGGAGCUGGCGGUGCACCCGAGCCACGUGGUGGCGUACGCGGUCGGCAAGCAGGGCGCGCCCCAGCCCUUCAGGCUGCGGUCGGCGCAGGGCGUGCUGGCGGGCGCGGCCGCGUCGGCCGCGUCGGCGGUGUCGUCGGCGGCGGCCUCGACGGCCCAGAUCACCUCGAGGGCCGUGCGCGGCCUGCGGUUCCAGGUGCCCCAGGCGACGUCGCCCCCAGGGAGAGCGACCGAUGUCGCCACCGCGACGGACAACGGCAUUGCGGCGCGUCUCGGCCGCUUCUGGUCGGUCAUGCAGACGACGGCGACGUACCGGCUCGUGGCGCGCGCCCUCUUUGACGCGCGCACGGUGCUGCGCCGCGCGAUCUGGGGCGACCGGCUGUUUGUGCACGUCCGCGGGCCGGCCACGCUGCUGCUGUCGAGCCGCGGCGUGCGCGUGGGCGAGGUGCUGACGCGCGACAACGUCAACGAGAUUGCCGACGCGGACGCCGGGGCGGUGGCCGAGGCCGUCGACAAGGCGACGAAGCCGGCGGGCGAGCGUGAGCGUGCGGAGGCGGGCACGGCCACGUCCACAGACGCGUCGACGACGGCCAUCCACGUGGCCGAGGUCACGGCCAGCGGCAAGGUGGCGUUUACCGACGCCAAGGACUUGAAGGAGUUUGUCCGUUGA